AUGGGGGGUCCCACUCCAUCCGUCAUUUCUCCUUUCCAACUUCGCUUUCCGAUUUCCUCUGCCUCCCUGUCAGCUCUCCGCGCUCCUCCCCAAACCUUCCGUGAUACCGACCGUGGUGUUAGCAUGGCGACCAGUAGGAUUGCACUACCUGCGACUGAAUUCCCCCUCCACGUGCCAGUGGGCAUCGGUGGGUACGGGGUGACGCUUGAGAUGAAGGACUACGAAGUCCUUCGCGACGAGAAGGCCGAGUUCACAGAACCUUGCUUCGACCUCGGCCUCGCGUACGAGCUCGAUCGUCUGGGAAAAGGCGACAGGAUGAUCCUGAUCCGCGGGGCGAGUCUUCGCGCUGCCAGGACGGCGUCGAAGGCGGACUAUCUGAUUUUCGGGUCGGCCUUCGGCUUCGAAGCCCUCGCCAUCCCCCUGUGCACCGGUGGCGGACCUCUUCCCGGCAGGCACUGCAGCGUCCUGCUUGUUGUGCGCCCUGGCGACCUGCUUUUGCCCGACGAGGAGGAGAUCGGGACGCUCUACCGCCACCUCGACCCCAAAACCUCCUCCAAGCGGCACGAGGAGGAGGCAGCCAACGUUUUGAGGUUUUUCGGCGAAUGCGUGAAGGCGGAGUUGAACCGUGGGGGAAGGCAGUGGACGGCUGCGCCUCCUUCUGCCAAAGUCCUCUCCGAACGUCUGGAGAGUCUUGCCGCCCCCAUCCGUGAUGUGAGUUUCCAACGUCCAUGUUGCCUUGUCGCCUGGGCUAUCGUCGUCCAGGCGUCGACUCACCCUUUUCGUCGGCGCCAUGUGCUUCGGAUGUUGAUGCAGAAAUUGCCCGACAUCCUCAAGGAGGAGGUCGCCGGCACGGGGCUGUUGGCGGUCAACGCGUUCGCGUGGUCGUUGGAGCAUCUGGACGACGUGCAUCGCAGCUACGAUCCGCUCAUCGUCGAGAACCCGAAGAUGGUCGGCUUGAAGGCGCUCCGACUGGAGCUGCUGCACCACGCGGAGAAGGCCGCGUCGAACAAAGGGGAGGCGGCGUCGACCGUGGGCCGUGGCGUCGGAACCGGCAUCGCUCUGGGUGGGGAGGAGGAGCACGAGAGGGAGGACGUCGAGGGGGGCGGGGAGCACGACGGUGGCUCGGAAGAAGAGGAGGACGUGGAGCGUGAGGAGGACGACGUGGCUGUCACCGGCGAAAAGGAGGCAGUACAGUUCGCCGGUGAGAAGGUUGCGGAUAAAAGCGGCGGCAGCGGACCCAAGUUGGGCAAGAAGGCCCGGGGCAGCAGUGGCUCGACCCCGACUAGGAUGGCGUCAAAGGCGGCUAUCGAGCGUCUGAAGGCGGCGGAGAGGGAGAUCAAGAAGCUGAGGGAGGAGAAGCUGGUGGCGGAAAAGAGGUUGGAGUUCCAGACGGCCCGGAACGACACGAUGUACGGCGUGGUCACCUCGGCCGUGAACAAGCUCACUACAGUCGCCGAGGGCGUGACCCAUCUCGAGCAGACGUCGGGGAGGAGCAUCCAAACGGCGGUGGACGCUAUGAGGGCGGUCGUGCAGGAGGCGGUGAGCUAUCGCGGCUCCACCCUAGAAUUCAUGAACACACAAUGGCUGCCCACCGUGCAGGCCCUGCACUUGACGGCUACUGCUGCACAGGGUAGGCGACGGGAGGACGACCUCCUGCUGCUUCGAGGUGUGGCAGAUGCUCUUGGCCAGAAGAUCAAAACAGUCGUGUCUGCCGAGGUGAAGGCCGCCAUGGAGGGCGAGGCGCAGCGGAUCGCCGCUGCCGUGACUGCGAAGGUCGUCCAAGAGCUUAGGGACGACCUGGUGAAGGUGGUCACCUCCGUGACCCAACGGGGCAUUGGCACCGCCGGGUUUAGCCUCCUCCCAACUGCUCUCGCGUCGGUGAUGCACGGCGGUCGCGCAACCGCCGAGGAGAGUGGGCCGGCCCCAAGGCAGUCGGGGAAAAGGGUCGCCGACGAAAAAUCCCUGACCGGCGACCAGACCAGCGGCUCUAAGCGAAGCAGAGGACCUGCGGUGAAACGCGGUGUGGGCGUGGAUCCUCCUGCCCCUCCGUAUGUUCGUAUCCCCGGCGUCCACGACUUGCUGAAAGAUGGACUUGGCGCGCGACCGAGCGCGGUCGACCAAGGAGCAGAGGCAGCGAACGUCGCGGCGGCGACUGCAGGUCCGAGUGGCUCAACGAUGGAGGCGGCUGUGUGGAGAGCGGCGGAAGAGGCCGGCGGGGUGGACGAAGAGAUCCUCGCCAGCAUCGUGAUGCCGGACCCGGAAAUUGAGGUCAUGCGGGAAAAACUACAAGCAGCAGCUCCCACCGUGGGAGCGCAACAGGGUGCACCAGCCGCCUCGACUGCUCCUGCGGAGGACCAUAGCGCGGCUGGCGCCAAAUCCCCCCCGGCCACAACCGGUGAGGUCGGCGAUGGGAAGCAGAAGCGCAAGGGCAAGGACAAGGCGAAGGGCGGCCCGGCGAAGGUCGGCUCUUCCAAGGGGACGUCCAAAGCGGCCGCGCAGGGUCGGAAGGGUUCAGGCGUCCGCGUUGACCCUUCAAAUGGGCUGGCCGUCUCGGAGAUGAAGUUUGGGAAGAAGAGCCGUUACAUCUGCCGGUCGAUGGACAAGUCCGAGGCCGCCUACUGCAUCGCUGUCGCCGUUUCGUCGUUCGACGGCUUCGUCAGCGACGUGGUUCUCGAGGAGUUCGGUGGGGUCAAGGAGGAAGUGAUGGCGCAGUAUAAGGCGGACUGGAAUGUGGCGCGAUUGAUUCCGGGGGGCAUGUGGAUGGUCAUGUGGAGCCGAGGGGCGAACGUCUUCCGCGACAGGUUCCAACAGGUGGUCGCGGAAUACAACAGGAUAACCGGAGCCGACCGCGCAGCUCUCAUGUUGGCUCUUCGCCCGGCGGUGUGGUUCGGCGACCUUCCGGAGUCGAACGAGCCCGAGAAGGCCGCGAAGAAGAAGGUGGCGAGCGACAUGAUCGCACGCGUUUCGAUGUGUGCCGCCUUCGCACCGGUGGCCGCAAAAGUGACGCCCAUUCCGGGCGUCGGGUCGGAGCGGUUGUCCGAGAUCCUCGCCGGUACUGCGGCCGCGGUGUGGUGUUUUUCGGAGACCAAUGCCACGGCGGAAGUAGCGGCCGGCGAAGGGGGGGCGGCAGCGACCAUGCGCGGAGCGUCCAACGAGUUCGCGAGUCGGUGUCGGACCGUCAUCGAGGCGGUGCUUCAGCGGGCGGCCUCCCGGGUGGUCGUCGUAGGGGAGGUCGCCGAAACGGUGACGAAGGACCUGCAGGCGGCUGUGGUGAGGUCGCUGCCUGAGGUCGGAGAGGAGCGCGAGCACGACGAGCUGAUCGCCCGUGUCAUGAUAGAGAACCUCGCCUUCUGGGGGGACUGCAAUGUCGGAGGCCCGAAGCUCAAGGCUCGCGGCGUCGAUUUGCCUAUCGACCCCCAGAUGAAGAUUAUCAUUCGGGACAGGGGGACGAGGGGGCAGCAGCACAAAGGGAAGCAGGUCGCCGACACCUAG